AUGGUCAGUCACUUGCAGCUGGCUUUUAUUCACUUGAGAUUGCGCCAACUGUUUGAAUCUACACAGCACAGUUCGCCUUUCGGACACAUAAACGUGGCUGUCUUUGGUGAUUUGUUUCAAUUACCACCUGUUAGAGGAAAACCGAUGUUUAAAAGAAUCAGACACCACGGUGCCCAAAGAGCGUGCUUUGGCAUUAGCAGCCACCACUUGUGGAGAUUCUUUGACUAUGACGAGUUGACAGUUAACAUGCAUCAGAAAGACGAUACGGAGAAUUAUGUUAAUAUGUUCGACCGAAUAAGAUUGGGUUCACCGCUUGACUCUGACAUCCAAAUUCUUAAUGAGCAUAGAAUUGAACUGAAAGCUUCUCUCGAACGGGUUGCUUACAAAAUGUGUGAGCUGACUCAGACAACUGAUUUGAGUAUCGUUUAUAUUAUGCCUCUGAACGAUUCGGUAUCGGAGUUAUGCUCGAGAAACUUGGCAUUAGUAUUGUCGAGAUUGCAGGUGUUGAUUCCAGCAUGCGGCAAACCAAAGGUAAAAAAAAAAGAAAACUAA